CGCGUUUGUUUGGUAUCGACACCAUCGAAUCAGUAUUCCGCUGCCUUUUCCAACUUAGUAGGACCACUGAGUACGGAAAUUUGCCCAGGCAGACAACGGUCCUAUCAAUACAAGUUCGAGUGAAAAACAGGGAAAUGUAUGCACUCUCCAGCUCGUUGAUCCGCUCGCCGGCUUUGCGCCAGGGCCUCCAGAUGGCAGCGGCCAGCCGACAGGUGUCGCUGAAAGUUGUCUCUGUGGGCGCUACCCAGAAGGACGAGUCGUUCUUUGAGAAGAACGAACGAUUGGGCAGGAAGCUGUCGCCUCAUCUGACCAUCUACCAGCCGCAGCUUACAUCCAUGCUGUCGAUCUGCCAUCGCGGCACAGGAUUGGCCCUAGGAGUGGGCGUCUGGGGCCUAGGCUUGGGCGCCCUGAUCUCGUCGCACGACAUCAGCCACUAUGUGACCAUGGUGGAGGGUCUCCAGUUGAGCGGCGCCACUCUGACCGCUCUGAAGUUCAUCAUUGCCUAUCCGGCUGGCUAUCACACCGCCAAUGGCAUAAGGCAUUUGCUCUGGGACACCGGACGAUUCCUGAAGAUCAAGGAAGUCUACUCAACCGGUUACGCAAUGGUCGCCACCUCAUUCGUGCUGACCGCUAUUUUGGCUCUGCUUUAAGCCCAAGGUCUUGGCUUUUCUUAUUAAAUUCUAGUGCGGACAUUAUGUGAAAAUUGUUAUAUACUAAAUACAUGUAGUGUGUAUAUUUAUAA